CCAAACCUCAAUUUGACCAAUCACAUACUCUUCUCCUCCAAUAUUCUUCAUUUUCAUCAAUUUUCUUCUCUCAACGCCUAUUGCCUUUCUUACAUUUCAACCAAAACUUUCCUUCCUUCUACACUUUUGAAUCGUCUCUUUGCCUGUGUACCUCCGCCGAGUUUCUGUUUAAGGCUCAUAGAUUGAAGGAGAAUGCCAAAUUGGGAGCUUAGGAAUUGCUGUCACCAUGAUCAGGUUGUGUUCUUAGUUACGAUUGGGGUGUUCACUGUUGUAAUCCUCGCGCUAUGGAGGACAUUUAUAAUCACUCCUUUUAAGCUCAUUACUGUUUUCCUGCACGAAGCAAGUCAUGCAAUAGCUUGUAAGCUUACCUGCGGUGAGGUGGAAGGAAUCCAGGUUCAUGCAAACGAGGGAGGAGUAACUCAAACACGUGGUGGUGCAUAUUGGUUGAUUUUGCCUGCAGGAUAUCUGGGAUCAUCAUUUUGGGGAAUGGCUAUGAUUCUCGCAUCAACCAAUCUUCUCACCGCUAGAAUUGCAGCGGGUUGUUUGGGUUUAGCUCUUCUUGUUGUCCUCUUCAUUGCAAAAAAUUGGACGCUUAGAGGACUUUGUGUUGGAUUUAUUAUUUUCCUUGCGGUGGUUUGGGUUCUACAAGAAACGACUACAGUUCGCAUACUUCGUUAUGUCAUUCUUUUCAUUGGUGUCAUGAACAGUUUGUUUUCAGUUUACGAUAUAUAUGAUGAUUUGAUUUCACGAAGAGUCAACUCAAGCGAUGCUGAGAAGUUUGCAGAACUGUGUCCAUGCCCUUGUAAUGGAAUUGGAUGGGGAGUCAUUUGGGGAAUGAUAUCAUUUAUCUUCUUAUGUGCUUCAAUAUAUCUUGGUCUUGUCAUCCUAUCUUAAGGUUCAGGUUUAAAAUGUGAGUAUUGAAUCUUUAAAUUGCUGGAGUUCUUUGUUGGGUGGCUGCGUCUAUCCCCAAGCUUUUAUACUUUGGAGUUUGGAGAAAAGCCUCUUUUUUUUCUAACCAUCCUUACUUCCACCCUUGAAUUUUUGAUAUAUUCUGUACAAAAUUGAACUCCCAUAUUCUUUAUUCCCUUUCAUUAUUAUUUUGAAUUGUAAACCUUCCAAAUUCAAUUAUUGGUUACCCUCGCAAAUGUGCAAUUCUCCUUAAAUUUUGGUUAGACAACCAUUUUAGUA